AUGGCCCACCGAGCUUAUGACGACGAGGAGCUUUCCAUCUCGCUCACGCCGUCGCAGAUCCGCCGUAACAAGAACCACAACGGCGGCGAGGGCAGCUCUGGCCGCCAUCAGACCAUGGAGCCAAUGAAUCCUGGCAGGAUGGCACCCGACCCCCAACUGCGAGACAAGGUGCGCACCGAGCAGCGCGUCGGGGCAUACAACAUCGUGAAGACCCUCGGAGAGGGCAGCUUUGGCAAGGUCAAGCUGGCUGUGCAUCGGAGCACCGGCCAGCAGGUGGCCCUCAAGAUCAUCGCCAGAAAGAAGCUCAUCAGCCGAGACAUGCAAGGCCGCGUCGAGCGCGAGAUCGAGUACCUCCAGCUACUCCGACAUCCCCAUAUUAUCAAGCUGUACACCGUCAUCAAGACCCCGGGCGAGAUCAUCAUGGUGCUGGAAUAUGCCGGCGGCGAGCUUUUCGACUACAUCGUGCAGCACGGAAAGAUGAAGGAGAACGAGGCGAGACGAUUCUUCCAGCAGAUGCUCUGUGCCGUCGAGUACUGCCACAGACACAAGAUCGUGCACCGAGAUCUCAAGCCCGAGAAUCUCCUGCUUGACGAAAAUCUGAACGUCAAGAUCGCCGACUUCGGCUUGAGCAACAUCAUGACGGAUGGAAAUUUCCUCAAGACCAGCUGCGGUUCUCCCAACUAUGCGGCACCCGAGGUGAUCGGCGGCAAGUUGUAUGCCGGCCCCGAGGUCGACGUGUGGAGCUGCGGAGUCAUCCUCUAUGUCCUGCUCGUUGGCCGCCUACCGUUUGACGACGAGCACAUACCGAGUCUCUUCGCCAAGAUUGCGCGCGGCACAUACGUGGUUCCCACGUGGAUGAGUCCGGGCGCCGCCGCCUUGAUCAAGAAAAUGCUUGUCGUUAACCCCGUCCAGCGUGCCACGAUCGAGGAAAUUCGCCAAGACCCGUGGUUCAUGGCCGACUUGCCCUCCUACUUGCAGCCGCCAGUUGAGGAAUUCCUGAACACGGGCGUCGACCCCAACAAGGCUAUCAAGAUGAGCGACAUCGCCCCGGGCGCGCCACCUCAGGAGCAGGAGAAGCUCCACAACGAAGUUACGGACAAAAUCAGCAAGACGAUGGGUUACGGGAAGAAGGAUGUUCAGGAGGCCCUCGAGGCCGACGAGCCUUCAGCUAUUAAGGAUGCUUACAUGAUUGUGCGUGAGAAUAAACUCAUGCAGAACAACCCGAACCUGGGCGGUCCAGACAACCCGUACUUCCCGGCAUCUCCACCUAACGAGAACGACAUCGUCAAGAUAACUGGAGAUCUUGAUAAUCUCACCACCGCUGAGGCUGCUCAAGCUAGCCCAUUGGAUCCGACCAUGUCGUCAGCUCGGUCUAUCACGUCUUCCAACAACAGCGCUUCGGUGAGACCGUAUGUCUCCAAGGUCGGCAUCUUGCCGAGCAGCCUGCCAGCCUAUCACCGUGACUACAUGGAACGUGAGAAAGCCAACGUGGAGAGCGCGGACGAGCCGUCGCCGGCAAGCUCGGACCCUGAAGCUACACUUCAGCCUCGCACCCAAGCUGACCAGGAUGAGACUGCACGCCGCUUGAAGCCUCACUCCCGCGUUCAACUCCAAAGUGAGAGCCCGGUCCAGGCCCCUCAAGGCCUCACUCCUGUCCACCCCGCCAAGAAGCCGAAGCCGGUCCGCUGGCAAUUCGGCAUCCGCUCUAGGAAUGCGCCUUGGGAGGCGUUGGUUUGCAUCUACAAGGCACUUGCGAAACUCGGCUGCACCUGGCUGGUCGACGAAGACUACGAGAAGGUUCAUGGCAGCGGCGACGGGGACGAGAACGGCGAGUCGGAUGGUUACGGGCCUCCCCUUUCUAGAUCCCAAGGCGGGGCUAGUGCGCCGGCGAUCGACCCCCUCAAGAUCUACAAGCUCCCAGCCGACCCUUGGCACAUUAAGAUUCGCUGGGCUACCGAACAGCUUCGCAAGCACACGGUUGCGUCCCACUUGAGCACUACCUCGGAUUUCGCGGGAGACAAGCUGCAUGUGACAAUCGAUAGCGACAAGAGCCAGUCGGAGUGCGUGGCCAUGCGCAUGGACAUUCAGAUCUACGAGAUGGAAUAUAGUGUAUACCUCGUCGAUUUCAAGUGCGACGGCUACGAGAACCUCGAGGGCAAGCUCCUCGAGGACAAGGACGUCACCAGCCCGUUCCCGUUCCUCGACAUGGCCGCUAAGCUCAUCAUGCAGCUUGCGGAUGCGGACUAA